CAAAUCAACUAUUCUUAACAUUACUCGGGAAUUACAGCCUGCCACAAAGAUAAGACUACGUGGGGUUGAAAUCACAGAGCCAGAGAGAGAGAGAGAGAGCGAUGGUUGGGCUUAUGCAGGUACCCUACGACGCCACAGUGAGGCUGAUGCUAUCUACACUGGAGCGCAAUUUGCUACCAGACGCUGUGAUACGGAAGCUCACACGGCUGCUGCUGGCCGGCCGGCUUCGCUCCGGUUACAAGCCGUCUUCCGAACUCCAGCUGUCCGACCUCCUCCAAUUCGUACUUUCUCUAAGGGAGAUGCCCAUAGCCAUCAAGACUGACGAGCCGAAGGCUCAACAUUACGAGCUUCCAACCUCUUUCUUCAAGCUCGUCCUUGGAAAGAAUCUUAAAUACAGUUGUUGUUACUUCUCUGACAAGUCUAAUACCCUAGAGGACGCUGAAGUAGCAAUGUUGGAGCUUUACUGUGAGAGGUCACAGUUAAAAGAUGGUCACUCUGUUCUUGAUAUUGGAUGUGGCUGGGGGUCACUCUCUUUAUACAUUGCACAGAAGUAUAGUAACUGCAAGGUUACAGGGAUUUGCAAUUCAACAACCCAGAAAGCACAUAUUGAUCAGCAGUGUAGGGAUCUUCAGCUGCAGAAUGUAGAGAUCGUUGUUUCAGAUAUUAGCACAUUCGAAAUGGAAGCAUCCUAUGAUCGAUUAUUUUCAAUCGAAAUGUUUGAGCAUAUGAAGAACUAUAAGGAUCUUCUAAAGAAGAUAUCCAAGUGGAUGAAACAGGAUAGCCUUCUCUUUGUUCACCAUUUCUGCCACAAAGCAUUUGCCUACCACUUUGAGGACAUAAAUGAUGAUGACUGGAUUACUAGAUUCUUCUUUACUGGAGGUACAAUGCCUUCAGCAAAUCUGCUUCUAUAUUUUCAGGAUGAUGUUUCAGUUGUUAAUCAUUGGCUUGUGAAUGGGAAGCAUUACGCACAGACAAGUGAAGAGUGGCUGAAAAGAAUGGACCAGAAGUCUGCUUCCAUCAAGCCAAUUAUGGAGUCAACCUACGGCAAGGAUUCUGCUGUCAAGUGGACUGUCUACUGGAGAACAUUCUUCAUUGCUGUCGCAGAACUCUUUAAUUACAAUGAUGGAGAAGAAUGGAUGGUUGCACAUUUCUUAUUCAAAAAGAAAUAAAAAGCAAAAGCCAAAGCCAAAGCUUCUUCCCAAUGAGGCUGCAUACAAUUACUGCCAUAAUAUUGGCAGCUGUUUCAUGUGUGAAUGCAUUUUAGCUAGUGCGCAAGUUUGGCGUCCGAAGGAAUAAAAAAUGUAGCCACUCAUAUUAUUCUAAUUAACAAUUAAGUUGUUGUAAGUGGAAACCAAUUUACUAA